AUGAGUUCAUCUUCUAGACGGUCAGCCAAUGCUGCUUCGACAUCAGCUUCAGCUGUUAACGCUGCUGCUUCACCUAAUUCGGCCCAUUCGAACAACACACCUGGUUUGAAAGAUGUUUACGAUCCCCAAAUUUCCCCUGCCAACUAUUUAAGUACCCCUGGUGUUGGUACUGCGUUGAAUGGCUCAUCUGACGAUGCGACUGGACUUGCAUUUGGAGGACAUCAACAGAGUCUGCAACAGCGCCAGCACCAGCACCAGCAACAACAACAACAACAUCCAUAUUUCUCAACUGAAUUGCAACAGCGCGCCGAAUUGCAAAGAAGACAACAACAGUUGCAACAGUUCCAGCAACAACAGAGAGAAUUGGCACAAGCACAAGCUCAGGUCCAGGCUCAAGCUAGAGCGCAGGCUCAGGCCCAGGCUCAAGCUAGAGCGCAAGCACAGGCCCAGGCUCAAGCUAGAGCGCAAGCACAGACCCGCUUACAAGCUCAGCAAUUUCAACAACUCCAACAACAGCAGCAGCAACAGCAGCAGCAACAGCAACAACAACAACUGCAAACACAGCACCGUGUUGUUCAAUUACCACAGAACCAAGGUGUGCCAGUCCCAUCACACGCAUCAUCACUCUCUUCCACACUGCAAGAAGAGCUCGAUGCUGGUGAAGAUCUCCGAUCAAAGUAUGUUGAAAAUGAAAUGGUCAAGACUUUCAACAGUAAAGCUGAUCUUGUCAAGUAUGUUAAGUUGGUCUUGGGACCAGAGGACCAUUGUCGUAUUGUCAUCAACUCAUCCAAGCCGAAAGCAAUUUAUUUCCAAUGUGAACGAGCUGGAUCCUUUAGGACUACUGUGAAGAACCCACAAAUUAGACAACGAAUUGCAUACACAAAGAGAAACAAGUGUCCUUAUCGAUUAGUAGCUAAUGUUUAUUCUAGUGAUAAGGGUAGUGGUGCAGGUAGCGGCGGCAGCAGCAACACCAACACCAACACCAACAGCGCCACCAGUAACAAAAAAAUCAAGAGUGAAGACGAUGGUGCAUUUGACGCAAAUGGCAACCUAGUUGGGAUUAAACAGGAGGGUAGUAACCUGUCAGGUGGUGCUGCUGCUGCUGGUGGCGCUGCUAGUAGUGACUCCACUGAUGGUGAAGGUGAACAGUUAUGGAUUUUAAGAAUGAUUAAUCCACAACAUAAUCAUCCCCCUGAUCCACCAAGCAAGAAAAAGAGACAUAAAGAAGCAAGAACAUUAGUUGAGAAACCAUUGAUCAAACAUCCACAACAGAAGAGGCAACUGGAUGGAAGUUCGGCGUCUUCUCUUGGAAGAGGAGGUCCAGGUGGUGUUGGUGAUACCUCUGUGGGCGGUAUUGACAACAUUGGUGGUAUUGGUGGACAAAACUUUCAACUGAACAGUCAUCACUUGUCACCUCAAUUCCACCAGCACCAACAACAGCAUCACCAACAAGUACAAAAUCUGGAUCUUGAGCAUGCGCUAUCAAACAUUGCUGGCGCUGCCAAUUACAACGAGUUGAUUGGUCAUUUAAGCCAGAAUCUCACGCCGCAACAGCAACAACCGCAACAAGGAGCAGGAGGAAGUAGACGGGGACGAACACAACAACAACAACAACAACAUCAGCAGCAGCAGCAACUUAUCCAUCAACAUCCAGAUGCAUCAGUAUAUGCCGCGCUCGAAGCCGCCAAUAGCAAUGUUGCGCCUGGCACUUCUAAUGCAAACGAUAUAGCCGCUGCUGCCGCCGCUGCUGCUGCUGCGGUAGCAAUGAAUGCACAGCAUGGUGGUGCUGGUGCUGGUGCUGGUGCUGGUUCUGGUGGCCCAAAUGGUGUCAAUGUCGUCAAUGGAACUGGUCAGAGUGCACAGGGUGAUUUGGAUCUGAGUCAGAUUGACCCCAAUGUUGAUCCGAGUGUGCAGGCGCAUGACCAGUCGCAUCAGCAUCAAUUGAGAAGAGGUGGAUACUUGUGA